AUGGCAUAUGACCAUUUUGUUGCCAUCUGCAAACCCCUGCACUACCGGACCCUCAUGGGCAGCAGAACUUGUGUCCAAAUGGCAGCAGCUGCCUGGGGUGGUGGUUUUCUCUAUGCUGUCCUGCACACUGCUAAUACAUUUUCAAUACCACGCUGCCAAGGCAAUGCCAGAGACCAGUUCUUCUGUGAAGUUCCCCAGAUCCUCAAGCUCUCCUGCUCAGACUUCUACCUCAGGGAAGUUGGGUUGUUUGUGGCUACUCUUUCUGUAGUUUUUGGAUGUUUCAUUUUCAUUGUGCUGUCCUACGUGCAGAUCUUCACUGCUGUGCUGAGGAUCCCCUCUGAGCAGGGCCGGCACAAAGCCUUUUCCAUGUGCCUCCCUCACUUGGCUGUCCUAUCUCUGUUUGUCAGCACUGGCACAUUUGCCUACCUGAAGCCCCCCCCUCUCUCCUCCCUAGCUCAGGAUCUAGUGGUGGCUGUUCUGUACGCGGUGAUAACUCCAGCAGCAAAUGUUCUCAUCUACAGCUUUAGGAACAAGGAGCUCAAGAGUGCACUGAAGAAACUGAUUCAGUUGGUACUAGUUCAGCGGCAAUAA